AUCACGUGGGAGAUAGCCAACGAACGGACAACGCUAGGGGGAAGGAACCGAAGCAUCAAAACAGCCCCAAAAGUGGGGGAAAACCGAAGCAUUAAAUGGCUCAUAAAGGGGAAACCAAAAAUGCAUCUUUUGGGAAUUAAAAUUGGCAUGGGGAACACCAAAAGACCUCUUUUGCCUACAUCAAACAUAGAGAAGCUGUCUUCAAUGGGAUCGGCCGAGAAUAAAAACAUGUACUACUCAUUGGACAAGGAACCCUUGGAGGAUGAGGAUUCCGCACUCAUGAAAACCGUCAAAGCAGCUACCUCGGGUUUCGUUGCUGGGACCAUAUGGGGUACAGUUGUUGCCACAUGGUAUGAUGUACCUCGUGUAGAACGACAUGUGGCACUUCCAGGCCUGAUUAGAACCUUGAAGAUUUGUGGUAACUAUGGUUUGACAUUUGCUGCCGUUGGAGGCAUUUACAUUGGAGUUGAGCAGUUGGUUCUGAAGCAAAGAGUUAAGAGGGAUUUCAUAAAUGGUGCGGUGGGUGCUUUUGUGGCUGGAGCAUCUGUUUAUGGUCUCAAAGGGAAAACCAUUCCAUCUGCGCUCACUGCAGGUUCUGCUCUGGCUGUGACUUCUGCCAUCCUCGACAUAGGUGGUCGAACUACAAGAGUUGAUGUAGGCAAAGAAUACUAUCCUUACACAACCGAGAAGAGGCCAUCGCCAUCGCCCACUGUUAGUUGAUCACUUUAAAAAGCGUGCAUAACUCAUAGCCACCAUCACAAAAUUUAUCAGAACAUUUCUUAUUUGUGAAUGAUUUAGAACAACCUAACAGGCUGAAAUCCUGAUAUAAAUCUUGACUGUGUUGCUAUGCAACGGCUUCCAAAGAGCACCUUCACAUCUAUUUGUUUCCUAAUGGUUGUGAGGGAAUAAAUUUAUUGUUUCUUUAUCUUUACUGUUUUUCUGGCCUGAGAGUUGCAGUAAUUUAUCAAUAAUCUGCAUCUGUUUGUUAUUUACACUGGUAAUGUGCAAGGAUUACUUGGUCGAAAAUUCAUAUUUUUGACUGUUUAAAAUGAUCUGGAACUGAUAUGGAUGGGGUCUCAAAUUAUAUUGAUACCUUUUGAAAAUGAGAUUCCUGUUUGUUGUAAAAAUCUAUAACAGAAGAAUGAAAAAUUGUUAGCAGAACUUUUCUUGUAAUAAAGGGCGGGCUUCAGAA